GGGGCGUGGCUACGAGUGUCAGAGGAAUGGGGGAAGUGGUCAAAACGAAAACCAUCGAGAAAUACGCAGUACUCUGACACUGUCACUUCACCACGGAAUAACCUGCCGCCUCCAUCCGUGUCACGUCUCAUCAUAAACAUGUCCGAGUUUGUGUCAAGCAACGGCUACGAGGAGUGCCGCGCCACGGCCGACUGGCUGCUGUCCAGCACGAAAGUGCGUCCGACUGUGGGAAUCGUGUGCGGCUCAGGUCUGGGGGGGCUGGCCGAUAUGCUCAAGGACCCGCAGGUCUUCAAGUACAGUGACAUUCCCAACUUCCCACGGAGCACAGUGCAUGGUCACGCUGGACAGCUGGUGUUUGGCAUGCUGAAAGGGAAACCGUGCGUCUGCAUGCAGGGCAGGUUCCACCUGUACGAGGGCUACCCCGUCCAGAAGAUCACGCUGCCCAUGCGCGUCUUCAAGCUGAUUGGCGUGGAGACGAUGAUCCUGACCAACGCCGCCGGGGGCCUCAACAAGGACUUCAAAGUGGGCGACGUCAUGAUCAUCAAGGACCACAUCAACUUGCCCGGUAUCGCCGGAGUCAACCCUCUGGUCGGACCCAACGACGACCGGUUUGGCCUUCGCUUCCCCUGCAUGUCUGACGCCUACGACCGGAAGCUGGGGCAGCUGGCGCACGACGUGGCGGCCGAGCUGGGCUUCAAAUUCGUGAAGGAGGGGGUGUACUGCGCCGUCAGCGGCCCCUCCUUCGAGACCAUCGCGGAGUGCCGCAUGCUGCGCACGCUGGGCGCCGAUGCCGUCGGGAUGAGCACUGUUCACGAGGUGAUCGCCGCGCGCCACGCUGGGAUGCGUUGCUUCGCCCUGUCCCUGAUCAGCAACUGCACGGUGAUGGAAUACGACAGCCAGGAGAAGGCCAACCACGAAGAGGUGCUGGAGACGGCCAGGCAGACGGCCGCGCAGCUGGAGAAGCUGGUGUCCACCAUCGUGGCUCGGAUGGAGCACAGCAACACCUCCUUCUGAACGCGCGCGGCGGUCCCCGGCCGUCCCGCUUUCAACUCCUUGGCGUCCCUCCAAGAAGAUUUUCAAAAACGCUAAAAAAUGCUCUGUAAGGCUUUUGCACUGCUGGGCUUCGUGAAACCAGUUCCUUAUCAAAACAUCCAAGGAGUCUUUUCAAAAGUACAUUCCUCUAUCAGCAUCAUUUAAAUUUUUUGAGGUGAUCAGAUUCACUCUCAUUUCAGACCAUAAAGUUCUUUUCACAAAUUCCUGCUGCGACAUAUAUUGCACUUUUUAUCAGCCAAGCAUAGUGUUUCAAUGAAACAACGUCCUAUUUUAAUGUGUCUUAACUUGAUAACUUUUAACUUAAUAUAAAAAUAUUUUUUUACUUCUACAUUCCCUGACAUGUUGGCCACCCAAUGAGGAUACAGUCGUAAUGUGUCGCCCCUAUUCUUAAUGUAUGAGAACCAUGUGUCUUCGUCUUCAAUCGAGGCUGAAUCGACGGUGGAAAGUUUAAUGAAAUAUUUGAAUUAAAUGUAUUUCAGUAGCGUUUCGAUAAUAUAUCUUGUGUUUGACGGACAUAUAGUCGAAGAAAAGGGGACGAUGUCCUGCACGGGGCAGUUAGUAUACCAAACUCUCCAGGCCUUAUCACUGCGUUAACUAACAGGCUGGCGUGUUUUUUUUCUGCUUUUUGGGCUGUCUGCGCUUUAAGAGGUGACCUAACCAAAUACUGUAAAAACUGUGGAAUCAAGUUUUUCAAUAAAAAGAAAUACUCCACUUGAAAA